GGCAUGACACUUCAGUAUGAGUAAUCCCAUGCUCAAUCCAUUUAAUGCAAGAUCACGGCAAGGAAACGUAUAACCUAAUGCAGUCUGGCUGAAAACAAUGUGGAAAAAUAUUUGGAAUAAGCUGUUCAUGGUCCUGAUGGUGGGUAACGUGUUUGUGCUCAUUGAAACAAAGUAUACCAGCAGAGAUGGAAAAACUUGGAGAAGAAAACUGGAGUCAAAUCUUCGACGGAACACCUCGUCUGUCAGAAUUUCCCCGGAUCCAAUGAUGACAGGUUCAGAAUCAGCCGUGGUGUUGCCUGGUGCUGAUGACAUGGACUUUGAAAAAAAUAUCAAGGACAUGGUGUCCCAGGUCAGAAACAAUCCCAACUUAUCCAUUAGCAAAUGUGUGGUGGAUCGCAAACUCUGGAUGUCCAACAGUCGCAGCCUGUCUCCAUGGUCCUACAGAAUCAAUCACGAUGUGAACCGUAAACCGGUGGACAUCCCGGAGGCCGUGUGCUCAUGCGUGGGAUGCAUCAAUCCUUUCACCAUGCAAGAAGACCGCUCCAUGACCAGCGCACUUAUCUACACCAAGAUCCCUGUGCGAAGACGUCUGUGCCACCGGGCAACCAGCAAACCAAAAAAAAAGAAAUGCGUUCCCCGUUACAGAACGGUGGUGGAGAGCAUCGCAGUGGGGUGCACGUGCAUCGUAGGGUAGCUGAGUGGGACCCACACAACUUACAGCAGAGGAAUUCUGAUCAUAAUUGUAAAUACUUUUUUUUAGUGAUUUUCUUUGAGUGAAAUGUUAUAUAAUGCAUUCACUCUGUUAAACACAAAGUUUUAGUUAUGUGCGGCAAUUUCUGAUGUAUUCUGAUGUCUAAAAUAUUUUAUGAUUCAAAUGAUUACAAGAGACGUUCUCAUUUUGACGAUAAAAAUGGGGAAAGCUCAUUGUGUUUAUAUUGAGUUCUAUAUUAUCAUCAGUGUUGGGUAAGCAGCUACUCAGAAAGUAAUCCACUACAAAAUAGAUAAUUUUUUACUUCUCUGAAAGAUAUAGCAACUGUAAUCUGAUAACGUGCAUGUGAAAUGUAAUGCAUUACACUACUUUUUUUUUUACUAAGAAGUAAUUAGAUUAGAGUAAUUACAGUUUUUCUCAAUCAAUUUGGCACAUUUACUGAAACAAACUUACAAUUGUAAAAACUCAACAACAUUGAACCUCACAUCAUGUUGUACAUUCAGCACACCACUCUGUGACCUGCAAAAUGGGAUUACUCAAUCAAAAGAACUAACUCAUGUUUCAAAUGUAAAUA